CAAGGAAUUUAUAUUUGUCAAAACAAAAAGAGUUUUAUUAGUGAGCUAAAGAAAAAAAUUCUCUCUGUGAAAAACCCAAACCCUUGAAGUAGCGUCUUCUUUAAUCGACCUUUCAAAGAAAUGGCAAACAGUAAUCUUCCUCGAAGAAUCAUUAAGGAAACUCAACGUCUUCUUAGUGAACCAGGUAUUCCAUCGAUCUUCUUUGCUGUAUUUGAUGAACUGUUUAUGAACAUUAAGGGUUUUGAUUUGUUUAUCUGGAAAUUUAUUAAUGUAGCACCUGGAAUUAGUGCAUCCCCAUCGGAAGAUAAUAUGCGAUAUUUUAACGUGAUGAUUCUUGGCCCAACACAGUCUCCAUACGAAGGCGGAGUUUUCAAGCUGGAAUUAUUUCUUCCUGAAGAAUAUCCAAUGGCUGCACCCAAGGUUCGAUUUCUGACAAAAAUUUAUCAUCCGAACAUUGACAAGCUUGGGAGGAUAUGCCUUGAUAUUCUGAAAGACAAAUGGAGUCCUGCUCUUCAGAUACGUACUGUGCUUUUGAGCAUCCAAGCACUUCUCAGUGCUCCAAACCCUGAUGAUCCUCUUUCUGAGAACAUUGCAAAGCACUGGAAGACCAAUGAAGCCGAAGCUGUGGAAACAGCCAAGGAAUGGACCCGUUUAUAUGCAAGUGGAGCAUGAUGAUCGGGUGGAAACUCCUGCAAACAACUUUCAUGUGAUAUAUCCUAUUAACUGUUAAUUUGAAUGGAAAUUGGAAGAAUUGAUGUUUGAUCCGAUUAUAAUUAAUAUUUUUCAAAGCUUCCAGAUACUGCAUUUCAAGUUGUUGUCUGAUGUUGGAAGCAUGUUCUUGAACUUGUAUGAUUAGACAAUACAUUUUCAGCUCUCAA